GCAUCCGUGCCUCUCCCUUCACGCCCGCUAAUCAGACCGCCCGUCAACGCUUGGUCGUGGUUCUAUCGGCGUGCGUCGGUAUAAAAGCUUGUGGCGGCUGGUCAAAAUUAUUCAGUAUCUGUUGUAGGUUCGUUGUAUAUAGAACGACCUCAGCCUCCAAAUUCGUUACAUUUCAUUAACUGAAUUAUUCUUAAAAAGACGAGCAAAGCAAGUGGUUAAAGCAGCGCGCAUAUUGUUGGUGUUAGUUAAAUUUUGUGAAACAAGAUGAAAUCUCUGUUCAUUUUCGGCCUCUUGGCCUUAUCAGCAUUCACCUACGCAGAGGAGGCGGAAAAAUCGGUGGAGCCCAAGUCUGCUGAGCCCGCAGCAGCCGCUAGCGAAGUGAAGCCAUCCAGCACAGCCGAGAAGAAGCAAGAAAAACGUGGCAUCAUCCAUGGCACCGGCUACGGUUACGGCGGACAUGGUGGUGGCGCCCUCUUGCAAGGCGGCGGUCAUGGUGGUGCAGUCAUUAUCAGUGGAGGACAUGGUGGUGGUUAUGGUGGCGGUUAUGGUGGCGGCUAUGGUGGUGGUGCCAUAAUUAGCGGCGGUGGGCUCGGUGGCGGAUUGGGUGGUGGUUUGGGUGGUGGACUAGGCGGUGGCCUUUCUGUACCCGCCAAUGUGCAAACUUCAUAUGUGGAACGUCAAGUCGCUGUACCUUAUCAAGUUGAACGUGCCGUGCCAUACCCAGUGGAGCAAAUCGUUCAAGUACCAGUUCAAGUACCUGUACCACAACCCUACCCCGUUGAGAGAACCGUUCAAGUGCCAGUCAGAGAAAUCGUCAAAGUGCCCGUGCAUAUUCCACAACCCUACCCCGUCGAGAAGACCGUGCACGUACAAGUACCCGUCCAUGUUGAUCGCCCAGUGCCAGUGAAGGUGCCCGUCCCAGCUCCAUACCCAGUUGAGAAGAUCGUACAAGUGCCCGUUAAAGUGCCCGUACCACAACCCUACCCAGUUGAGAAGAUCGUGCAAGUGCCCGUCAAAGUGCCCGUACAUGUGCCACAACCCUACCCCGUCGAAAAGGUCGUACAAGUACCAGUCAAAGUGCCCGUCGAUCGUCCCUACCCAGUUCAUGUAGAUAAACCAUAUCCAGUACCUGUCGAGAAGCCCGUACCAUAUCCAGUCGAGAAACGUGUCACCAUACCCGUGCAAGUGCCCGUCGAUCACCCAGUGCCAGUGCCAGUAGAUCGUCCAGUAGCUGUACCCGUGAAAGUUGCUGUGCCCAGGCCAUAUCCCGUCAUCAAGGAGAUCCCUGUACCAGUAGAGCGUAGAGUACCAUACCCCGUGAAGGUACCAGUCGAUGUGCCACGCCCCGUGCAUGUCGAACAGCAGGUCCCAGUGGCCAUUGAACAACACGUGCCCUACAAAGUGCCAGUUCCAGUGCCCGUCCAUGUUCAGAGCCACGUUGCACCGGCGGCUACAAUAAUCAGCGGAGGAUAUGGUGGUAUCGGCGGUUACGGCGGUCACUCCAUCGGAGGUCUUGGUGGUCAUUCCAUCGGAGGCUAUGGCGGUCAUUCGAUCAGCUACGGACACGGUCACAUCCACAAAAAGAAGUAAAUUGCCAAAUGCUUUGACUCGCUGAGGGUGUGAGGAACUUUUAGUAAAAAGGCAGCAGACUUACAUAUGUACAUCUAGAAAUUACGGUUAAUUAGUUGAGAAUUUAAAAUGAACGGCCAUCAUUGCUCGAAUCGAAAAAAAUUACAUUAAAAAAAUUGCGCUGAAAUGUGGAUUGAAGUGGAAUAAGAAGGAGACUAUGGUAUUCUCUUGCUCUUUCUUACUUUUGCUUUUCCCAAUGUAUAAUUUAGUUUUAGUUUGUGAUAAAAAUUUCGAAUUAAAUGAAGGCGAUGAAUGGAUGUCGACGCAACAGCGAAAAGUGCGGGGAGACUGCCAAAAGUGGAACGUAUUUGAAGCGAAAUGGGCGAACAACUCGGAAAACGAAUGGAGGGUGUGGAACUUACAUAAGUUAAGCGUACAAUGAAGGGAUUAUUGAGUCAAAAAGAGCCGAGUGAAA